CUCGAACAUUUACCCUGUCAUGUGUUUUGUGUCUCCCCUGACUCACCUCCGGACAGGAAUGGGAUUUGAAUGCAAUAAACUCACAGUGCAGUCUGGAGUCAGGAGCUCAAUAAAACGCUAGGAGACAUGAGCGGUGUCACACUUUGGACAGAGGAAGGCGAAAUUCCACAGAGGGAAAACCGUCUUUGUCCUUCAUGGUCAGAAGAGUACUGUGAGGAGCUGUGGGACCGCGUGGAAGGAGUGCGACAUAAACUAACCCGUAUCCUCAACCCAGCCAAACUCACCCCAUAUCUGCGCCAGUGCAAGGUCAUUGAUGAACAGGAUGAAGAUGAGGUGCUCAACUCCAUUCAGUACCCAUUGCGUAUCACCAAAGCUGGUCGUUUGCUGGACAUUCUGCGUGGUCAAGGUCCACGAGGUCUUCAGGCCUUCAUGGAGUCACUGGAGUUUUACCAUCCGGAACAAUACACACAGCUGACUGGAGAGCAGCCAACACAACGCUGCUCUCUCAUAUUGGAUGAGGAAGGUCCAGAGGGUUUGACCCAGUUUUUGCUGCUGGAAGUCCGAAAACUGAGAGUGCAGCUUCGAAACAGCCGGCUGUGUGAACGCCGCUUAUCUCAGCGCUGUCGGGUAGCCGAGGAGGACCGUAGCCGUGCUGAACGUAAAUCCCAGGAGAUGCGCCAUGACAGACUGCAGCUAGAAAGGUUACGUCAAGACUUGGAUUCGGCCAGUCGUGAGCUGGGCAAGCUGAAAGACAGACACCUGGAACAGUCUGACAAGUACUCUAGAGCCUUAGAAGAACAAAGUAAAGCCUCAAUACGAGAGAAAGAACUGCUCAAGCAAGUUCAAGAUCUAAAAUCCAGAUUAACAGAAGCAGAUCAUCAAACCAUAAAUCCUGAAAUGAGUCAGAUUCAAACAAAUACAAAGAACCGUUUGUUGACCACUGGAGGGUUCGGUUGUCCGCCGGCUGUACCCGCAAAGCCGUCGUACCGUAUUGAAGUUCCGAAAACGCCAAUGAAGAAUCCAAUUCCUACUACUGGAGUCAUAGCUCUGAUGGAUAUACUUCGGCAGGAUCGCAAGGAAGCUGCAGAGCAGAGACAGGAGCUCUGCAACUUCAUCACCAGACUUCAAGGGGAGAUACAGAACACUGAGGAGCAUAGGGACAAGCUGCAAUCACAGUGUGAGCAGCUACAGCUGAAAGUAAGGACUCUCCAGAUGGACUGGGAGACAGAACAGAAGAGGAGCAUGUCCUACUUUAACCAGAUCACUGAAAUUGAAAGGGAGAGGGACCAGGCAAUGCGCAGUCGUGACAGCCUGCAGUUGGAGUACACUGACUGUCUGUUGGACAAGAAUCGUUUGCGUAAACGCAUUGAAGAGCUGCUGGCCAAAAUGGAACUGCAGCAGCGGGAGUUGGAGCGGGAGGCAGAAAAAAGCAGGGAGCAAAUGGAGCAGAGCUCCUGCUUGCACUGUUCCCACCUGUCGCUGUGCAGUGAAGACCAAUGCUACGGACCCUGCUGCUCCCUUGGCCUGGACCAUAACUUACCUGUUAAUGGCACCCAUCUUCAGUUACGGAAGGCAUCCUCUAGAGGCCAAACAAAUGACAAUUCCGAAGAUUAUCAUUCGAACUCUGAGGAGAAUCCGCUGUCAUCGACAGAAGAUGAGAAGGAAAUAAAUCGGCUUUCAACGUUCCCAUUUCCUCCCGGUAUAAACUCCAUCAACCGAAGAUUCAAUACUGAGUUUGACUUGGACUCUUGGGGCAGUGAUGAGAAUGACUUUCCAGGUGAACAUAGUGAACCAUCUUUAGAGGAUUCAUGGAACUCUCUUCACUCUCAUCUUUUCCCCCCUGAUCUGGUCAACCUGCCAGCAGUUAGCGCACAUCAACACAGUCCCAGCAGUCCAAGGAUACCUCCUAUCUCUCCAUCCUCAAGUCCUCCACUGACACCAAAAAACGGUAAAGCCAACCUCGCUGAUGACAUUACCAUCAUUGGUGGAAACCAAACAGGAAUCUUUGUCAGCCACGUUAAAGCUGGUUCAGUGGCAGAGAAAUGUGGACUGAAGGAGGGAAGUGAACUCCUGGAGCUAGAAAAUGUUCUCUUGGGUGAAGGAAAUAUUCUGCUCAGCCAGUGCACUGCCGAGGUAGCACACUUUUCUCUUCAAUGGUGGACUGAACCAUCCACCCUCAAACACAAGUGCAACAAAGAGGAAUAUGCCAAGCUGUGCUCCCAACUCUCAUCGUCCACUUUUAAGGGUGCUGACUCGUUUUAUGUGCGGGUCAAUCUAAGCAUUGAGCCUCUCGGAGACCCAUCGUCUGUAGGCGUGUCAUGUGAUGAUAUCAUUCAUGUAACAGACACAAGGUACGAUGGUAAAUAUAGCUGGCGUUGUUCCCUUGUGGACCCUACAACAGCCAACCCCCUGCAAGCAGGAAGCGUGCCAAAUUAUAACAGGGCACAACAGUUGUUACUUGUCAAGUUACGGAAAAUGGCCUUGGAGCAAAAAGAUUUCAAAAAGAAGAUAAUAAGGAAAUCCUGCAGUCGAGUUCGCCUGGUAAAGGCAUUGGAUCCAAAAUUCAAUGAGAUUGGGUCCACGAAGCAGGUUCUUUACACUCUGAACAAACGUUAUGAGGAGCAUUUGAUCCCUUAUAGCCUAGUGCAGCCAGUAAAGGUUGACACCAAGCGACCUGUCAUCUUCUCACCAUCUCUCCUCUCUCAUGGGCUCAUUGAGAGACUGUUGCAGCCUGUCGAGUCUGGUUUGCAAUUCAACACUUGUGCACCAGAGAUAAUACCGGUAUCGGAGAGGAGAGACAAGAAAAUAUUUCUGUUGGAUUCCCAAGCUCAACAGCCAGCUCUCGGCGUACGGCUAGAAUCCGUAAAAGAGGUCAUUAAACAGGAUAAACACUGUUUGUUAGAACUGGGGUUGCACAGUGUCGAGCGUUUGUUGCGACAUGGUAUUUAUCCUAUUGUUAUCCACAUCCUUCCAAAGAGCAAAAAACAUAAGAAGCUAAGAAAAUUUUUCACACGAUAUGGGAAGGAGAGUGCAAUGGAAGAGAUGUGCCACGUAGAGCAGUUACAGCUGGAAACUCUGCCCCUGCUCUACUGUACUUUGGAGUCCAGCACAUGGAGCAGCACAGAAGAACUGCUCACAGCCAUACGCAAUGCCAUCGUUAGCCAACAAAUGUCAGUAGCUUGGGUUGAGCUGGAUAGGCUACAGUAAUAUAUACGAGUUUCCCCACUUUUAUUGACCCAAGGAGACAACAUGGCAUGAGAAAAAAAUCUCACUGCACACCACCAGAUGAAAAUGUCACAAAAAGUCGAUGCCAGAGUAUUGACACCACACCACUGUGGAGAGACUCACAGAGUGAAUGUUGUUACUGGAUUAGUCAACAAGACAAAUUCUUAAUCUUAAUUUUGACUAGGCUCAAUUGUAAUCAAACAGUGUGUGGAUUCUUAUUCCGACACACGUAGCUUUACUUAUUCUUACAAUGCCAUGGUUUAUUUACUUUUUCAUCUACUUGCUGAAUUGUGGCUAGAACGAUGUACUGUACAUAUAAAGUUGCACAGGUCAAACGCUGUCCAUUCAGCACUGUCUAUAGUUACUGUUAGGAAACAUGCUUUGUAAGUAAAAACAGAGCCAAAUAAUUCAUUCUAGUGACCCGAUGUAGCAGGCCCAGGUGAGAGUCACUCACAUCUUUAUGAUCUAAUCGAACAAUUGCUGGUGACAUGUCAACAUGUCCAAAGUACUUUCCAAUCAAAACAGCACUGUUUUCAUAUAGAUAUUCUGAUAAUUAAUUUUUUUCUUUUUAGAGGUUCAGCCAUGCUGCCUUUUGAUUUGUGCACAGCAAGUCUUUUCACUUUUUGAAGCAUUACUUUUGGUAAACAGUUUUUAAAAAAAAAUUUUUUUAAUGUAAACUAUGAAAAAUUGUUUGUGCUAAAUGCAUGUAUUUAAAUGGAUCCUCUACCUUAAAUACAUGUCGGCUCUAAUAAACCACAAUUGCUCUCUUGUAAUUAAAUAUGUUGUAAGAAACACAUUACAUGUUAAAUCAAUGGCAAUAUUUCAUAAAAUUUAGUACAUAUUUUGACCGAUAGUUGGCGCCAUUUUUUUGCGGGCUCGCAGUGAUGACGUAAAUGGGAUGUUUCCAAAGUGUAGCGUGUAUAAAAAUUGCGUAUUGCUGCCUAAGCUCGCGAAGUAAAAUGCCACGAUGUGCUGCUUUUGGAUGCAAUUUCCAGUCAAAUGGAAACAAGGGGAGUGACGUGAGUGGUCAAGGUGGAAUUAUUAUUUUUUUUUGAAUAAUGUGCAUAAGUGAAAGCUUCUCCCCUUUUUGGUACUUUUAUGCACGUAUCCUACCUACCACGCGUUACAACUGGCGCCUGAACAUUUUUCCUGGAUCCUCAGUCAAGUAAGGGAUCCGUCUAUUUUCUGGCUCAGACGGUCCCACCGCAGCUGCAAUAUUGGUUUCGGAUCUGUUUAUUUUCUUGAUUUGUUGGUCUCACAGCGGCUUUUUGGAUCUGUCUAUUUUUUUUUGUAAUUCGACAGCCUGAUCGCGGCUGCAACAUUACCAUGGGAUCUGACUAAUUCCUGGAUCUUCGUGUGAGUGAAAAAAACGCAGAUUUGGAUUACUAUUGCUAUCUUUUUUGUGUUCUCUAUUCUUCGUGGGAAUUUUCCCCAAAUCAUACCAAAUAAUUAAAGCACUAUGGCACACUACAGUGACGACAGUGACUCUGACAUGGACCUUACUUUUAUGCUGGCGUUCCUCUGGGAAUGUGUGUGCUUACCACUGAGCUCCCGAGUGUCGAGUGGUCAAGGUGGAAAUAUUAUUUUUUGUGAAUAAAUGUGCAUAAGUGUAAGCUUCUCCCCUUUUUGGUACUUUUAUGCACGUACCCUACCUACCACGCGUUACAAUGUAUAAGACAUGGAUUACACUCGAUUCCAGGAUUUGUUCCCGUCAGAUGACGAAUUUAACGAGGACAGUCAGCCACAACACGACUCCGAUCCUGACUAUCACACGUGUGCAUUCAUAGUUUUAUUACCUUCAGUGAGAGUUUAUAAUGUCAAUAGUCAUGAAAAUAAAAAUGCACGAAUGACAAGGUGUGUUCAAACUUUUGGCCUGGACUGUAUGUAAAGCACAGGAUAGCUCUGGGUGCUAACAAAUAUACUGGAAUAAGUUUGAAAACGCAAUAGCUUACCUUGAAGAUCUGCUAACGAAAACCGGAGUUCUCAACAGCAUACACUCUCUCGCUCCGUUGGCAUUGAGACGCACUUGCCGCGAACGCAUCACCAGUUUUGCCCAACUUUUGUCUUAUCAGGUAUUUGCUGCACCGCAUUUUGCCCUGUUGCUCGUCUUGUGAACGACUGACAGUGCUGUCCAGCUCUUCACUUUUCAGAUCUGGUUCAAAUAGGAAGGGCAGAACCGACGACAUUUUGGGAAAGCUAACGAGUGACACGCUAGAAGUUCGGCAACGGACGGUGACGUCACGCUCUGCGACGUAACAAGAAUGGCGACCUAUCACUUAAAGUAAUGUUACAAACUUUAUUAAAAUGAAAACAUUGAGGGUUUUUUAUAUCAAAUUAUUAUAACUCAUACUAACAUUUAUCUUUUAAGAAUUACUUGUCUUAAAGAUCGAGGAUCCUUUUAAGCAUACAGCAAGUAUGUGUUAUCUUUAUGUAAAAGUAGGAAACAUAUAGAAGUCAUUGCCGUUUCAAGAUCCAAUUUCUUUGUAUACAAGAUACAGUAACACUGACCAGGGUACAUCUUCAACCUUAAAAAACUAUUUGUUCACUUAAUUGUAUGAAAGCAUUACCAGCAGUCUAUUAUCUUCAUUAUGUAGCAUUUAUUGAAGCAAUAAAGGGUUCAGUCCGUGCGCAGAUGUUAUAUUUAUUUUGCCCAUUCUGAAAGAUGAACAUUCACGGCCAGUCCUCUCAGUUUUAAUGAGUUGGACAUUUUUUGCCAUCAAUGACAUGCAAUGAGUUAAAUAGUCUUUAAAAAAGUCUACAGUACUUUAGGGUGUUACUUGGGGCCGUAA